ACUGUCCCAGAGAGCGCCUCAGCGCAUCAGCGCAUGCUCGAGUUCCUCGAUGGUCGGGCAAAAACACAGCUGGUCUAUGAUCUUCGAAGCGAGCUGACGUUCGAACGGCUAUCAAUGUGAUUUUCACGAAUUUGUACCACGACUUGUCGGAGCCGAGCGUCGAGGCUCGCGCGAGCGUGCGGCAAAUUGGCGACGAAGGCUCGUCGUCACGAUCGCGACUGUCUCCCGCAGAGUGAGAACGGUGUGGGAGUGCCUGGAGUUCGCCCGAUGUAGCCUAGAGGAGAGGAGCCGCCUCGGUGUGUCGCCACGAGGAUUUUUCGUUUGGUUUGGCCCUGGAUACAAAGGAGUAUCCUGCCACUGUCUCGACGCCUCCUUACCGGAUGACUGGAGCAAACCUGGCUUUCUAUUGUAUUCGCACGUGGACACGUGGUUCACAGACGGAUCAGAUAACAAUGGUCGCUUUGGAGCGGGUUUUUACGAUCCAAGGACUGAUCAUAAGCUAACAAUGUCAGCGGUAAAGUCGUAAUAUUGGCAGCGGGACGUAAGAGGGGCGAAAGAGAAGAGGAAGAGAAAUGGCGUCAACCAGUGGGCACAAGAGAAACGGCUCCAGCUCGAGUAUGUUUGCGCACAGACGUACCGAGUCAGGGGGUGGUUUCGUCGGUUACAAGCGACCCGAGGGCGGUCACAAACGUGCCGAGAGUAUAUCCAGUGCCUUCGGCCACAAACGAUCUGAGAGUGGCCACAAGAGGAACGAGAGCAGCGGCGGUUUCGGUGGUCACAAGAGGUCCGAGUCUGGCAGCAAUUAUCAUGCCGGACAUCGGCGUAACGAAAGUAUGUACGCGAUGACGGGCCUCUAUGCGGAAAGCGCCGGCACUGGUACCGACGAUAAUGCGGAUCCGCUGCAGGUGACCACCGGUAGACUGACUCACGACACCGUCAUAAGGUGUCAUAGUAGAAAUCCAAGUUCUGGCCUUGUGGAUCAUAGAGAUUUUAUCAUCAAAUGUCACAGCAGGAAUCCCAGUGCUUCUAUGGUGGACAGGGUGGAGAAGGAGAGGGCGCAAACUCCACCGUUUAAUCCGGAUUCCAAGGACUGUGGGAUUCUGAGUUGUAGACCGGCCUUCAUUCAAAGAUUUGCCGGAAUAAAGGUGUUUGUAUUUCUCCUGUCGUUCCUCGUUACGUUGCAACAAGCACUUAGCUCAGGUUACAUCAAUUCUGUGAUAACAACCAUAGAGAAAAGGUUUGAGAUCCCAUCCAGUCUUUCGGGUCUCAUUGCAAGCUCUUACGAGAUCGGCAAUGUUAUCACUGUCAUUUUUGUCAGUUAUCUCGGCAGUCGCAGACACAUACCUGUGUGGAUAGCGAUAGGUGCAGUGAUAAUGGGACUGGGAUCGAUGAUCUUUAUGGUGCCACAUUUCACAGCAGAACCCAAUUUGACGACAACUGCGAAUCAUUCCAAUUCGGAUAACAUCUGCCGCGGAGUAUCUUUACGCGAACAAGAUAUGGGUUUGGGUCGGCUUUCAUCAGGAUUAUCCUCACCUCCCUUAGCACCCCACAAUAAUUUAAGAGGUGACAAUUGUAUACAGGGAUCUCCAUCUACAGCUGGACCUGUCAUGUUAUUUGUACUUGCUCAGUUACUAUUAGGAUGUGGUGGCUCUCCUUUAUUUACCCUUGGUACUACUUACAUAGAUGAUCACGUGAGACCAGAAAGUGCGUCUUUAUAUAUUGGUUGUAUGUAUAGUAUGGCGGCCUUUGGACCAGUUUUAGGUUUUCUUCUUGGAGCAUAUCUUUUGUCCUUUCAUAUGGACUCGUUUUCUGGGACGAUAAGUAUCGAUCCUGGUGAUCACAGAUGGGUCGGUAUGUGGUGGGGUGGAUUCCUACUUUGUGGCUUACUUCUCAUUCUAGUAGCGAUACCUUUCUUCAGUUUUCCUAAAACUCUACAGCGUGAAAAGGAAAAAAUACGAAUUAUAGAGAAGAAUAAACCAAUAACACAAAAAGAAAAAGAACAAUUGAAAGAACCUAAGAAAGAUACAAUCGACGAUAGCGGUUAUGGCAAGGAUGUUAAAGAUAUUCCUCGAAGUAUGUGGAGACUCGUUUGUAAUCCAGUUUACGUUGUAACGUGUUUGGGAGCAUGUAUGGAGCUAGUGAUUGUGUCGGGUUUUGUGGUAUUUCUUCCCAAAUAUCUCGAAACGCAAUUCAGCCUGGGAAAAAGUCAAGCCAGCAUCUUUACUGGUUCCGUCGCUAUACCAGGAGCUUGCAUCGGCAUUUUUUUUGGCGGAUGUAUGCUCAAACGUUUAGAACUAAGGCCGAAGGGCGCAGUGCAAUUUGUUCUUGUCUCAAAUAUAAUUUGUCUGGUGUGUUACGGUCUGCUAUUCUUCCUCGGCUGCGAGAACGUAAAAAUGGCUGGGACCACUAUUCCGUACUUUAACAGUAGUACAAAGGGUCCUGAACCCUUUCAAGUAAAUCUCACUGCCGCAUGCAACUUUGGUUGUGAAUGCCGAAUGACGGAUGUCGAGCCGGUUUGCGGAAAUAAUGGUCUAACUUAUUUUAGUCCGUGUCAUGCAGGUUGCACUGCCUUCAGUUCCAAAUCGAAUUUUACAAAUUGCGCAUGUAUACAUGGCAAUUUGACUAUGCUACCACCGGCUGCUCCGGAAUUUGCAGAAGUGACCGUCGUACCAGUAGCAACCGCGGGUCCUUGUACUUCACCAUGUAGAACUAUAUUUCCAUUUCUCAUUCUUUUGUUUUUUAUGACAUUUAUUGUCGCUGUGACUCAAAUGCCUUUGCUUAUGAUAGUAUUACGGUCCGUUUCUGAAGAAGAAAGAUCUUUUGCUUUGGGUAUGCAAUUUGUAAUUUUUCGACUAUUUGGCUAUAUACCGGCACCAAUAUUAUUUGGUAAUUUGAUCGAUUCCACGUGUUUGCUAUGGAAAAGCACCUGUGGAGAAAAGGGAGGUCGAUGUUUACUCUAUGACAUUGAACAAUUUAGAUACAGAUAUGUCGGCCUAUGUGCUGGGAUAAAAAUUUUAGCUUUGGCAUUAUUUUUGAUUGAUUGGUGGCUUGUAAGAAGAAGAAGACAAAUGGAAGAUCAACCGCCAUCUUUCACUGUCAACGAGUUUGUAGGAUCAAUUAUCAGUCUAGAUAAACUGUUCGAAGAGAAGCCACAUCAGAAUUUAGGAGAUGGUGAUGCGACUUUGCCAAAUUCCGAAAUUGCAACGCCAUCCUCUAUUUCGUCGCCUACGGAACCUACCAAGUCAACGAAUCUCGAGGAAACAGGGUCUUCGAAUCAAACGCAGGAUUCAGUGGAGACGACAAAUCGCUCAAAAAAUAUGGAAGUUGAAGUUUCCGAUACGAGGCAAGCGCCACUUGCCUUACAAGAACCAGACGUCGAGAUCAAACUUUCAAGUGGUAUGACAGAAAAUCAUAACCGCAACGUUUAAUGUUUAUUUUAUAUUAGAAACUGUAGAACGAAAUAUAUCAAAUUGAUGAUAUAUAAAUUUGUGACAAAUUAUAUGUACUCACUAAUGGAUUUACCUGAAUACAUAAUACAGACUCACAUAUCCAUAGAUGUACGUACAUCGUUUAUUUCUUCUAUGUUGAAAAAGAAGAACACAUAAUAUUUAUAGGAAGAAAAUUAUAGCUUUCUAUCAUGUUAAACAUACUAAGGAAUAUAAAAAUCAUGGAUUUAAUUAUAUUUUUUAUCUUUGUUUUUUUGAUGUAUGAUACAUUGUGGUUAUAUGUGUACAUACAUAACUGUUAUUUAUUAUUCAAGAUAACUUGUCACAAAUUUAAUUAUCUAAGUUGGUUACUGUUAGGAAAUAUCAUUAGAACGUAAAUUUUUACAGCAAUCAUAUAUAUGUCAAUAAGUAGAUACGUAAUGCAUAAAUGUAGUUUAUUUCAGACGUACAACCCGAGAUUGUAUUACUAAUAUGGCACACUUAGAUUUAUACCGUUAUUACGUAUAUCGUUAAUGAGAGUAGAUAUAUGUAAGAAAAAUAAAUACGUGCGAAUGUGCGACACGAAUAAAUUUCUAUCGUCCGAAUGGAAUCACGAUAAAGUAAGCCUUGCGCUAUUGCAAGAAAAGGCCAACGUAACGACGAAAAAACUGUAAAUAUGAAAAUUCCUGCCUUAAGAAAUACAAGACUAGACAAAUGUAUAUUUAAAAAUAUAUAUAUAUAAACUAAAUAUCUCUCAGAAUUAAUGAUAUCUAUACAAUAUCACUAGUACAGAGCAAAAGUUACGAUUUAUUUUAUAACUAAAAGAUAUAGGUUUCUCGAAACAAAUAGUCAAUUUAGUGUAGUAAGACGUCUAUAAAUGACGAAGAUUACUGUAACAAAUUGUGCGUAAUCUCUAUCAUUGAACAACGCAUUUUGAUUAAUAUUUUAUAUUUCUCUGUAGGUAAACGCAACUAUAAGCAAAACUGCGCAAUGAUUGCAAGUGAUCUCUUAUCUCACAUUUUCUUUCAUACUUUGUUUUCAAUUUAGUCUACUAUUCAAUAAUCUUUCUCAAUAGAUUUUUAGAAAGUAAUAGUAAUAGAUCACUUACAAGUCACAAUGUACAUGUAUGUGUGUGUGUGUGUGUGUGUGUGUGUAUAUAUAUAUAUAUAUAUAUAUAUAUGUAUAAAUAUAUAUACACACACACACAUACACAUACACAAAUGAUGCUUCCAAGCAACAAAACUCUUAUUUGCAUGUAAUGGCUCGGUAAUUAAUCACAUAAUUAACUUUAAUAUUAUUUUCAUUUCUAACAAGUUUUCUUUGGUUUUAUGCAAACAGCUCACUUUAUAUAAAAAGUUUGCUUUGUACCUGAUAGCUUCUUGAAGAAUCAAUUUUAAUGUGAAAAGAAAUAUAGAAUUACUCAGGAAUAAAAUUCUGCAAAGGGUAGGGGCAAUUUUAAUUUAAUUUGAAAUAAAAAGUUUCGAAAUAUAUAUACUAUUGUUAAAUGAGAUUAUAAGCAUAGAAGAAACGUAAGCUUUGUUUUAUCGCACCUGUAUUUCAAUGAAACAUUUGAGAGAAUACUGAACCAUAAGUAAACUAUAUUAGAAACAUUUUAUAUAUAUACAUUGCUUUUUAUACAUACGUUUGCUGGCCAAUUGAGAAAUCUGUUGAGAUACUUAUCUGUAGUUAUUUGCUUCAAUGAUAAGGGUACUACUAAAUAGAUUUGCAUAUGCCUCUAGAAGGAUAGUCUUAAUUUCACAUAGUUUUAUUAUUCUUUCUAUUUGGCUCGCCACUGUCAAUUUUUCAAAUUGUAAUACACAAUACGCUAUAUUUUAGAGGGGUAUUUGAGAUUAAUGUAUACUUCGUCAAAGUUGACCGUUUGCACCAGUUUUGAGAUAACGGUGUGAUCUCUCCAUAACGCGCAUAUUGACAUAUUAACUAAACAAUUAUACAUACUUACUUUGUGAUAUAAACUUCUUCCGAACGGUAACCUUUGAAGAAGACCGUAGGGAAUAAUAACAAGUGCUGUGAAUAAAGGAAAAAUACACAUGUUAAAUCAAAUUCAAUUCAAUUUACAUGCUGAUAGGAAGAGUUGCGGAUUAACGCCGGAUCUUAUUCCAUGCGAUUGUACUGUAAAUAAUUAAUGAUUUAUAUUGAGAAAAUCUCUGAAAGAGAAACGCGUGUGUUAUAUCAUAAUGUAAUAUCGUUCGCGAGGAUGCCAUGAUAUUUCUAACUUUUAUUGACGAAAUGGAGCUGACGAAAGAAAGGGGGACGUGUGGCGCGUAAUUAAUUUCAAUGGUUUGACGAUACGCGCGUGUACUCUAUAAUUUAUGCGUAGCUGACUUUCUCUCUCUCUCUCUCUCUCUCUCUCUCUCUCUCUCUCUCUCUCUCUUUCUUUCAACGAUGUUACUUAAAUACUUUUGUAAGAAUUUUUCUCCUAUAUACAUUGUGUUUUCUGUUUAGAUAAUAUUGCGACAUACACAAUGCCUACGAUUAUUGAACUUUUAGUUGCAUUUUUUUAUUAUUCUUUUUUUUAGUCUCACGAUUAGCAUUAGUUUUAUAAUUAUUGUAAAGCAUUAUUAUAAUUACUACCACUAUUAUUGAUACUACGAAUAUUAUUAUGUUAUUAUUACUAAUUUGUCACUUAUUGUUAUAAUACUGAUACAAUAAUUUUCACUUUAAUAGUACAUUUUUAAUUUUAUAAACGCUUUGCUCGGUUCAAUUCAAUUUUUGUUACGCUCAACAAGAUUAUAACAUGUAACACAUUCCAGAGCUACAAUUAAUAAAAUAAACUGUUUUAUAAAAGAGAUGUAUCCGCACGCGCGCGCGCGUGUAUGUGUGUUUAUGUAUGCGUGUAUGUGUGUUUGUAGCCAAACUACGAAUGAGCAAGAAUCCGUAAAGAAAAGUCAAGAAAGAACGAGAAUCGAGUAUUCAUGUAUUAGAGAUAAUACAUAUAUUUAAAUGAAAAACUGUUAUGUACAUACAUAUGAUUAUUAUAAAAAUAUAAGCUGCUUAUAGACGUAAUGUAUUUUUUGUAGGGACCAUAAAAUAUAAGCGGAAUAUAUAAUGUUAUAUGAAUAUUAACGAGUGAUACAAAUAUCUGAAUAUUGAUAACUAAUUCUGUCACAUUUCUGAAAGCAAUAUGAUCGUGCGAUUCAAAAAUAGUGAAGACAAAAAAAAUUGCGAGAGAAAAAUGUCAUUUAUGUUUCUCUUUGAUGAAUCAUUAUUGAUAAUGAUUACUAAGUGAAAUAAUGUGGCUUUCGUUAAACAAUAAAGCGACUUACGAUGCAAAAUAUUAGGUAAUAAAGAUAAAUGAUGCGAGAAAAACAAAAAAUUUAAAUCUAUAUAAUUUUUUCUACUUUAGAACAUAUGGAUCGAAUUAUCUCGAGUCGAGAUAUGCCUUAAAAAUAGAAAGAUUAAGUAAUAAAUUUUCUCAUAGGGACGUUGUUAAUUCAAAAAAUGAUUAUAAUUUUUCGAGAUAUUAAGUAGCAGUAAUCGAGUGUACUGCUAAAAGAGAGAGAGCAGGGAUUUUAAGAUGUUUGAAUUGUAAUUGCAAGAUUUUGGAUGGUAUUGUGAAGAAAUGAUCGAUUAUUAAAUAGCAAUUCAUUUUUUUGUAAUCUUUAGAACAAUUUAGGAAUCACAUUAAUUCUUUAAGUAUCGUUAGCGCAUAUAUACGCUCAAAGUUAAGAAGGAUUACUAUUUUUGUUUCAACUACCCAGAGCGUUUCUUCAUUGCGUUGUUCCGUAUCGAAAGAGUUAAAAAUUUGAUCGACGUUGUACAUUUAUCAAUAAUAAGACAUUUAAUUCUUUAUAAAUUUUGUUUUCUUUUAAAAUAAAAAUUGGUACCUUGGAUACUUUUAACAAAUUUAAAUUAUACAAACGGAAAAAUUGUCUGGCACAUAAAAUAUGAUAAGAAUCGACAUUCAAUCAAUUGCGAAGAAAGUUGCGAUUUUUGUAGUCAAGCUUCCGUUUCGACUCGAGAAAACAAAUAAUAAUCACCAUGAUCGAAAUCGCCUUUUAGGUGACUCAUAUGAGCCUAAUUUUUUGAAAAAAAUCACAAAUAAACAAUGUAUUUAUAAUGAAUAAAUGUUUUGAAAACUGUUAA